AUGAAUAUUUGGAUUGCCUUAGCCAUAAAUCUGGUUAUUGUAACAGAUGCUACUUUAAACCUUUUAGACCCGCUCUCAAAUAUAAACUACAUAAUGUCAGGAAUACGAUGUGCCAUAGCUAUAUUAAGCAUACUCUUUUAAUUUGCAAUACACAAAAGAAUGAAGUUUCAACAAUUCACUAUUUUACUACAAAUCCUCUAUUAGAUGCAACUGGCUUCUGAAAUCAGACUAACUUUUACCUCUCUCAACUCAUACAAUCUUUACAAAUACUUAUUAUUAUUGUAUUAAGAGCAUUCAACUAAACAGCUGAAGUAUCUUUAAUUUGCCACUCUUCUAUAAUGCAUGAUUGAAAUACAAUUCCUAAAUACUUAAAUUCAUCAAUACACAAUAACAGCAUUAAUUUUCGUCAUCAUCAUUCUUAUCCAGACAAAUCAGAACUCUUAACUCCUAUCCCAUAAGCAUUCCUCAUCCAAUGACGUCUUCCAUUCAUAUUCUACUGUGCCUGCAGAAAUAGCUUCCUCAAAUAGAAAAAUAGAUUUAAUCACCAGGGAUGAAUUAAUCUAUAUUUUAAACCAUAGUCGAUAAGGAAUCAUCUACUUUGGAUAGAAUCUUGAAAUUUAAUACAUAAACGAGAAAACAUAGAAGUUAUUUUCAACAAAGUCAUACGACAUUACCAUGAUUCAAUUAUAAAAAAUUAUUAUACAAGCCUUUGAAUAGGAUUAAAAUCUGAACAGUUAACACAAAGAAAUUAAGUUCAGAGCUUCAUAAAAACAUCUCCUACAAAAAGCUGAUUGCAAAAUGAUCGAGAGCUUAAUCGCCUCUGCUGAAUAAAAUCUUAAGCGAUUCAAAUCCAUGAGUGAAAAAUUACUGGACUCUUAAUUUCUAACCAAAAAAUAAAAGAAGAAUCAAUUUACAAUUCCUGAAUUCAGACAACUACUCUUAUCCCUAUUUGCCGAUUGCUAAUUAUCUAAUCUUUUAGAUCAAAGAACUUUUGUUAAAGCUAACAAGCUGAAGGUAAAUAUGACAACUAACAAUGGUGAAAAAAUUAUUGAAUUGCAGUUUUGUAAAAUUGCCAACGUCUUGAAUCAAACAGGGUAUUUACUAUUCAUCUAUGAUAUCACAGAAAACGAAAGAUUAUAAUAAUAUAUCCAAAAGUAAAAGUUUCAAACAUUGCAUUUCAACUCAUUCUCUCAUGAAUUGAGAACACCCCUUAAUUGUUCAUUAACAUUACUUCAGGCAUUAAAAACCUAAUCCAUUUCAACUCAACUUAUAUAAAACUAUUUAAAUCCUGCUAUAGUUUCAAAUAAGUUGUUAAUGCAUCAAAUUAAUGAUAUUUUAGAUUAUGCUUCCUUUGGGCUCUCAACAUUUCAAUUAAAUAUAAAGGAUUUUCUUAUUAAAGAUGUAUAUAAGUAACUAGAAGAGUAUUACAAGGAAAUCUGUUCAACAAAAGGGAUAAAGUUAAUCUUUUCUAUUUUUGACUCUCUUGAAAACCAAAUGAUUUACAAUGAUCCAGAAAGAAUAUUGCAACUCCUAGUUAAUUUAAUUAAUAAUUCCCUCAAAUUUACAAGGGAAAAUGAUGUCAUUUGUGUUACUGCUAAAAAUAAAGUAAAAUCAUCAGGGAUUGUGAAGGAUCAAUUUAUCAAAUUUAUAGUUCAUGACACAGGGAGAGGAAUAGCAAAGACAGAAUUAGAUGCUAUCAAUAAUAUCAUUCAUACAUCUAUUGACAACGAUAUAUACCAUUAGUUAAAGAAUUUCACUACGAAAUAUGUUGGAUUGGGAUUCACUAUAGGGAGUAGGAUGAGCAACGAAUUGUCAUAUUCUAAAAAAUCGUAUUUCAAGAUCAGAAGCAAAGAGGGUUUGUUUACCAAGGUGAGUUUCAGGAUUAAUAACUAAAUAAAUAUCUUUGGGAUAAGACCUAAAGAUCCAUCGAUUAAGUUUGAUCAAAUAAUAUCUCCAAAUCAGAUCGAUGUUGAUAAUGGAUUUGAAGAAGAACAUUAGAUUCCUAUUUGGACUCAAACAUUCUUCUCAAAUAGAUUAAUUUAAAGUGAAACUUUUUCUUAGAUACUCAUUUGCGAUGAUGUGGCUUUUAAUCUGAUUUCCUUGAAUUUACUGAUUAAGAAUCUUGGGUUUGAAAGCGACAUUGUAUAUGAUGGAUAUCAAGCCAUAAAUUAAAUUAAGAAACGCAAACUUUAAUAGCAGGCAUAAUAUAAGAUGAUUUUUAUGGACAUUGAAAUGCCAGGUUUAAAUGGAUACCAAACAUCCAGUUAAUUAUUGUAAAUUGAUGAUAAAUUAAAUAUCAUAAUGUGUUCAGCAUAUGACACAGAAGAUAAUUUAAGUAAAGCAUUAGAAAGUGGAAUGAAAGAUUUCAUAAUAAAACCAGUUAGAAUAGAGUAACUAAAAGUUUUGAUUAAGAAAUAUAUUAAAUGA